AUGGACGUAGAUACGUCUCAAGCGGCAACCGCGCUGCUUACAGAGCACCUGCAAUACACGCCUCUGUCAUUGAUCGACGACAUUAUCAACUCGAUCAACAACUUCAUUUACCAGGGCGUGGGCAGUCUCGAGACGGGCUUGCUUUCUACACCACCUGAGCGUCUGGGAUUCAAGGCACGACCGAAUGCUGAGCAAGGAGAUGUCGAAUAUCCCGAGGCGAAGCAAGAGAUUGAGGAGGGCCUGCAGAAACUGGAAACGCUUCUGAAUUCGACCGUGGACAAGAACUUCGAUCGGUUUGAGAUCUAUGUCCUUCGCAAUAUCCUCGCCGUGCCAGCCGAUCUGACCAACUGGAUCAAGCUGCAACAUUAUCAGUCUAUCUCCCAUCAGCCAUCAAAAGACACCCCCACACCUGAGAUGAUAGAACUGCAACGUCGCAAACUGGCUGCAUCGCGUCUACUAUCAAAACAGCUUCAGCAAGAGGCGGCCCGGAAUGAGAUGAUCCUUGGCCAAUUACGCAAUCUCCAGAACAAUCAAGCCGCAGGCAACCUGGCCUUCUUGACCCAAGCUGCGGGAGCACAGACGCUCAACGUGUCUGCUGAUCACCAGAACCUCACUACGAACACGACCUUCACCAUGUCGCAAUUGCCCGCCCUCAAAGCAUUGCUUGCCGAACUCCGACCGAAGCUGGCCUCUUUGAAGACCCUCAGCAACAACCUCGACUCAGCGAAAGCAGAAAUACGGCAAGAGCGACGAGAAUAUAUUGAGCAGCGCACGAGAGCGCACAUCGAUCGUAGUCGUGGCUCCGAUGCUGACGACGCUUCAGCUUUGCCUGGACAGCCACUCCACGCCGAUGAUAUCCAGGCAAUGGAGAAAGUGGCACAAAUCUUCCACCCAACAUGA